CCGACGGGAGGGAUGAGGUGCCCACUUCCGCGGGAGGAGGGGGCGGUGGCGGUGAGGGAGGCAGGGGGAAGAAGGAAAGCGAGGGAGUCCCGCUCUUCAGCGAGUAUCCCGGUCAGCACCUGAACGAGCCUUUGGACUUGGAGCACUUUUGGAGCGCUGUAGACAUGUAUUUUCCAGAAAACCACCACCCUGAGGGCCUGAGGCGCAUUCAGGCGUCUAUUCUUCCCGUGAAAGCGCCCGAAGACCAGGACGUAGUAUUUCGAUUUCCGCGGGUGAGGGGCUCUGGAACGAGAGGGAGGGACAUGGCCAGGCUUCGCAGCCGGGAUGAAGGAGAAGGAGCUCUUGACACGCAGGACGAAGAGAAGGUCGUGGGGGAGGAAGAAGGUGAGGUGGCAUCUGACGUCGGGGCGGAGGACGACGAGGGCGGUCUCUCGGAGGCUUCCUACGAGGGGGAGGAUCAGCAGCCAGCCGGCGCAUUUUUGUCCAAGUUGAGAGAGCGAUGUAGCCAGCGAGAGGGCGGCUUGGACAGCAUUGAGAAAGUGAUCGGCGCUGACAGUGGUGGCUCGACGGAUUUGGUCCAUGGUUUCGCCGACCUGGGCUUGCAAAGGGAACGGGCCGGCGUGGAUGCCACGAGCGGCAUCGGAAAGAAGGGAGGGUUGAAAGUCGUAUUUCAUUCGCAAGCGAACAGUCAUCAGCGCGUAUAUUGCGGCUAUGUGGGUAUUAUCGGCAACGAGGCGAGUAUGCAGUCGGAUGAACGCUUUUGCCAAGAUCUGCGACUGGAAUCGAUUGAGAGGGAGGAGAACUCUUCCCUCCCCCUCGCCGUGGCGGCGCCGUCUCCUCCUAGCUCCAUGUCCGGGACGCAGGCAGCCAUAAGUAUGGACGUAGAGAUGCUCCAGCCGUCCUACGUGGACCUAGAGCUCAUGUCGCACCAGCAGGAGCUGUACUUUGUUGGUAGGGCUCUCCGAGAGCGAGUCCAAAGCCUGAUGGAGGGCAUCGUCGCCGACGCCGAGAAGCGGACCUUGCAGAAGGAAGUCGACGCAACCACGGAGCGCAAGUAUCUCCUGGCUCGCGUGUGGAAGUUUGUGGCGCUGGGUUUGGUCAGGGGUCUGCGCGACCAGGAGCCUGACUUCAACAAGCACAAGGAGGAGGUCCUCCCCGCCAGCUGGUCCCUGCCCGUCGAUGGCCGGCCUCCCCCACCCGCGCCCGAAGCACUUGCGAGGGAGGCAGCGACCGAGGAUGUGGACGACAGCAUUUGCAUGGUCUGUUUUGACGGAAGCUCAACGGAGAGCAACGAGAUCGUCUUUUGCGACGGAUGCGACAUGGCUGCACACCAAGCCUGCUACGGGCUGCCGGAGGUGCCCGAGGGGGACUUUUUCUGCGACAAGUGCCUGGGGCUGAUGGAGGAUCCUGACCGACCCAUCGCCUGCACCCUCUGCCCCGAAGUCCACGGCGGCUUCAAGCGGACCCUCGACGGGGAGUGGGUGCACCUCGUCUGCGCGAUGCUCUGCCCGCGCUCGCGCAUUACCAACUUGAUGGAUAUGGGCCCAGUGGACCUUUCGGCUCUGGCGGGUUCCGUGACGCAGGCGAGCGCAAGCUCCCCUCUCCGGCGCCCGCCCUCUCCGCUAGUGUUGGUCCCCCCACCAUCACCAUCCCCCGUCCUCGCAGAGGGGGGGAAAGCGCGGGAGUGCUUGGCCGACGGGCGCGACGGCGGGAUGGACGGGAGGAAGGAGGUGGGCCCUACAGCGCCCGCGACCAUUGCCAAUUACCCAGUGCGAGACGACAGAGGUGUACAAGAAGAGGAAGGGGACGGGGGGAGCCCUGAUCUGUCGUCGCCGAAGGAAUGCCCCUCCAGCGCAGCCACCCUAAGAGCGUCGUCCAUGAACGGCACGGCGGACACGGUCGAA